AUGGUUCGCAGAUUUGAUAAGAGAAGCCAAUUGCAAUUCAACCAAUACCCAGCCACUACCCUAAUCAUGUGGUUUAUCUUAGGAGUACUACUCGUGAUAUACUUCAUCCAUCAAGUAUUCAACUCCAUCCUACCUCAUUACUUUUUGGUCCCCUCCCAGAAAUGGCAAGACUCAAUCCUUAAAGUUGUCAAUUACGAAAAACCCAUCUACUUGAAAGUAAGUCACAAAAGAUCAAGUUUCAGACGUCGACUCGUAUUGGCUAGUGAAAUACCGUCAUUUUAUACCAAUUUCAUCAACAACAAGUUGAAAAUUUCACCUCAGGAUAUUGCUAAUAAGGAUGAAUUUAUGCAAGAAAUGAGAAGAAGAGAUGUCAAUGAUCCGAAAAGAAGAUUGUUGUAUGGGUUCUUUCAUCCGUAUGCAAAUAAUGGUGGUGGUGGUGAGAAGGUAUUGUGGGAAGCUGUAAAAGCUACGUUAGAUCAGAAUGAGAAGAAUAUAUGUGUUAUUUACACUACAAAUGUCGAUGCUGAGCCGUUGUCGAUUUUGAGAAAAGCCAGAGAUAAAUUUCAAGUUGAAGACUUGGAUCAUAAAAGAAUUUUGUUCAUUUAUUUGAGAAGAUUUGGAAAGUUUAUAGACAGCUCCUAUUGGAAACGUUUGACUAUUGUAGGGCAAUUAUUUGGUACCUUUUUGUUAAGUUUAGAAGCAGCGUUUGAAUUGUCGCCAGAUGUGUGGGUUGAUACUAUGGGAUUACCGGGGAGCUACUUUGUUGCAUCAAUUGUUUUAAGAAUUCCCAUAAUUGCUUAUGUACAUUAUCCAAUCUUGCAGGAAAACAUGUUCAACAAAUUGAAAUACAAUUACAUAUCUGACAUUAAAAAAGUGAGAAACAAGCCUGAUGUUUUUAGCUUUGUUAAGUUUCUAUACUGGUCUUGCCUUUACUGGGUCUAUGUUUACAUUGGUUCAUAUGUGGACGUAACCUUAGCCAAUGGAUCCUGGACGUUUAACCAUAUGCAAAAGAUAUGGACUUACAACCGAGCUUUGGGCAAUGAGGUUGACAUACUAUACCCACCAUGUGGAACUGAGUACCUUGUUAAUGAGAAAGCUGAAAACGGUACAAGAACAAAUAAGCUUUUGUAUUUGGCGCAAUUUCGCCCCGAGAAACGCCAUAUAUUGGUUUUGAAAGAGUAUCAGCAAUUCCUUUUAAAUAACUACCCCAACAUAACAUUUCCCAGAGCAGAAGUGCCCACUUUGUUAUUUGCUGGAUCUUGUCGUACAAAAGAUGAUACCGCAACUUUGGAGUUUUUACAACAAGAGGUGAAGACACUUGAACUAGACAAGUUUGUUGAAUUUGCAGUCGAUUGUUCAUAUGAUGAGAUUGUGAAGUAUCUAUCAACUUGUAAAUUCGGACUCAAUGCCAUGUGGAAUGAGCAUUUUGGAAUUGGUGUUGUUGAAUACGUCGCAAGAGGAUGUAUCCCCAUUGUCCAUGCUUCGGCAGGACCCCUUCUUGAUAUAGUAACAGGGGAAAGGUUCAAAGACUGGUACAACACCACCGGCUUCUUUUUCAAAUCGUUUGCUGACCCAGAUUUCGAUCCUUCGUUACAAACCACAAAAGACAAUAAGGAAAAAUAUUUGGUGUUUGAAGUUAAUGGAGAGAAAAUGGAAUUCCCCACAUUAGAGCAACUUCUUUCUACCAUAUUUGUUACUGAUAGACUGCUCAUAAGUGAUGAAGCAAUGGGGAGAAUGAGAACCACGGGACAACAAUUGGUGGUUGAUAAAUUUUCCAAUAAAAUGUUUGAAGAUAAAUGGAAAAGACACAUUGAAAAAGUGGAAGCACUUGAAAAGGAGUAUAGAGUAGAGAGAAGAGGAAAGUUAGAGAGUGUAUACUAG